CACGCACACUGCCAGGCAACCCGACACUGCCCUUCCACACAAGUACCAACACACUAACUGAGUGACCAGUGUCCAGCCGCGUGAAGCACAGAGUCUACUGUGUGUGGAUGCGUGCAGCCCUCUGGACUUGGUGGGAGGGGGAGAAGUUUCCCCAAAGACAAGCUUGGAUCACUGAGAGAGACGAUGCCUUCCUCCCGCAGCCCAGUCUCCCAAGCUGCUCAGUGGAUUUGCUGAUCCUCGAAAUUAUUUUCUCCAAGUCAUUUAACGGGACUGAGGAGAGAUUUUGAGCCAGAGGAUGCUCCCACAGGUCAUUCGGAUUCUGUAUGUCUUGUCUUUCUGCUUUUUCCAAGGAGGCUUUAUCAGACUGAGCUCCUGUAAGGAGGAGAUAAAGCCCCCCAGCAGGGCAGGACCACAGCUGUCGCCCUCUGACUUCCUGGACAAGCUCAUGGGGAAAACAUCGGGAUAUGAUGCCCGCAUCAGACCCAACUUCAAAGGACCAGCUGUGAAUGUCACCUGUAAUAUUUUCAUCAACAGCUUUGGGUCCAUCACAGAAACCACAAUGGACUACAGGCUCAAUGUAUUUCUACGGCAAAUGUGGAAUGACCCUCGUUUGGCGUACAGCGAAUACCCAGACGACUCCCUUGAUCUGGAUCCAUCCAUGUUGGACUCUAUCUGGAAACCUGAUUUAUUCUUUGCAAAUGAGAAAGGAGCCAAUUUCCACGAGGUCACCACCGAUAACAAGCUGCUACGGAUUUUCCAAGAUGGCAGUGUUCUGUACAGCAUCAGGCUGACUCUUACCCUGUCCUGCCCUAUGGACUUGAAGAAUUUCCCAAUGGAUAUUCAGACCUGUACCAUGCAGCUUGAAAGCUUCGGUUACACCAUGAAUGACUUGUUCUUUGAGUGGCUGCCUGAGAACCCUGUUCAGGUGGCUGAUGAUCUGACCCUCCCUCAGUUUGUGCUAAAAGAAGAGAAGGACUUGGGCUACUGCACCAAGUCUUAUAACACAGGUAAAUUCACCUGUAUCGAGGUGAAGUUCCACCUGGAACGCCAAAUGGGCUACUACUUGAUCCAGAUGUACAUCCCCUCCCUCCUUAUUGUCAUCCUCUCAUGGGUCUCUUUCUGGAUAAAUAUGGAUGCUGCACCUGCCAGAGUGGGCCUGGGCAUCACCACCGUACUGACAAUGACCACACAGAGCUCUGGUUCCAGAGCCUCACUUCCCAAAGUGUCCUAUGUGAAGGCUAUUGACAUUUGGAUGGCAGUGUGCCUUCUGUUUGUGUUUGCUGCCCUGCUGGAGUAUGCAGCAGUUAACUUUGUCUCGAGGCAACACAAGGAGUUCAUCAGGCUGAGAAAAAAGCAGCGGCAACAGAGAAUAGAGGAGGAACUGGUGAGGGAGAGUCGUGGUUUUUACUUCCGGGGUUAUGGAUUAGGUCACUGCCUGCAGACCAAGGGUGUAACCACUGUGGAAGGGGCCACUAUGUUCACCCAUCCACCUCCAGUUACAAUCUUUGAUGGAGAGGUACUUCACAAGCGUUUUGUGGACCGGGCCAAGCGUAUUGACACCAUAUCCAGAGCAGUCUUUCCCUUGAGCUUCCUUAUAUUCAACAUUUUCUACUGGGUCACUUAUAAAGUGUUGCGACACGAGGACAUCCAUGCAAAUUUGUAAAGUGCACUUUGUCGAUUACAGUUACGAUGUUUUAGGGUCCCCCCCCCCGAACCAAAACUGCCUGUCAAAUGAGGAAAUGUGUCAAAAAGCAGAUUCAAUUUUUUAAACCAUUGCUAAAAACUUUGUGCUGAAGUGCGUCUUCAGGACCUCAGAUGGGAGCAAUUGAGAAGAAAGAUGAGGGUAAGCUGCAUGGAUUCCGAUCGGUGUUGUUAUUGCCCUCUCGUAUCGGUCUUGGUUUGAUUCAUCUGGAUUACAGAGACAAAACACUGCCGGCACUUGCGAGCUCAUGACCCGUGUUUGAGGUAAGAGUUCAGAGAAGCUCACGUUGAUCCUGGUUGGAUAAUACAUACUGACUUGAAUUUUGACACUACGCAUCUUUCAAUGAAUGUUUUUGAAAAAGCAAAUUUAAAAUGUUUUUCUUACACCUUUAGAUUAUCAAAUGGGUCCAAAGGCUGGAAUGGAUGGAUAUUUAUGAAUAUUAAGUGGUGAUAAUUCAAUUUAGUUACUUGUAACAGAGAUUUAUAUAUAUAUGUGUACACACAAACACACACACACACACACAAAUGUAUAAAUUGUAUAUAAAUAAAGCCGUUCAUUAAACUGCAGA